AAACAUCUUACAGAUUUACAUUUAAAUGCCGAUAAUUUUACAGCCUUGUUUAUAACCGCCGGGGGAAAAACGAAAAUUCUUUUGAGCAGGGUGAUUGAAUCUGUAAGAUAAAGCAUCGAUUUAAAGGGACAUUCCUCUUUUUCCGACCAAAUAUACAUAGUUUUGUUGCAAGGAAGUCUUCAAUUUGUACAGAUAAAAAUUGAUUAACGGCGUAAAGCUUAUUGGCUAACAAUGAAGAAAUAGAAUUACACAACACCACUUUCUUGAUCGACACCUGGAUAUAAAUGUUUGUACUAAAAUCAGAAAGGACCCCUUUCAGUAAACUUUUGAUAAAACUUGAGCAAAAAAGUCAAAUGCCUUGCACAUGGAAAAACAAUUAUCCCAGUCAUUUGUCCCCAUUGUCCCAGUUAUCUUUAAAUUAAAAAAAAAAAAGAAAUCUAACGUAUUGAUGAAAAUAUUGCCUUUGUAUUCCCAUCCUUUGCUUCGUCUUACGGACAAAUGUGAAAUCUUAUCAGUAGUUGGAACUUCUGGUGGCCCUUAAAUGUCCAAACCCUUUGAUGAUUAGAAGAAACCCGUCAUGAUUUAAAAAUUCAUCGACCUACACACUUUAUUCUCUCCAAACAUUCAUUUAUGAAGUCUUGUUUAAAAUCCACAAAUUACAACAAUGGCCGUUUCUAUUUGUUUAAGUUUUACCGUGUUUUCAAUUAUAUCAGCUUUUAAACAGAGAGAGAAUACCCUUUUAAUAAGACAGCUAUGAAUUGGGCGGUAAGGCCGCCUAGAGGUGUUUAGUACGUAAAUAAAUAAAACAAAAAGAGGCCACCGCUUCUGUUUCAGUCAGAACUGUUUGGCAAAGAGGACAUACCGCGAGCUCUCUGCCAGAAAAUCUACCCAUACAGGUGUGUCUCCGCCGUCUUCAUAAAUUUACCUGUAUAUGAAUCUAAUAAAAUCGUCAUUGCGUUUCAACUCAUGAAGUGAAUAUAUAAAAAAAGAGCUCGACAUCGUCUUGUUCUUUUGAUGUAUGCUACAUCCCUACCGCUCCCAGGUGAUUAUAACGGAACUCUUUAAUAAUCGAAGGUAAAAUCAAUCUAAAGGUCUAUCACAGACGGCUCAGUGUAUCAAUGGAAGCAGUGAAAACGCUGACGGCGGGUGUUCGCCCAUAACACCGCGGCCGCAUGGCUGUGAAAAGAAAGGAUUAAUAGUAAAAUCGAUAAUCCGAGGCUCGAGACCUAAUAAUCAGUUUUGUCAGUGGAUUAUCCAGGGUUUUAAUGAGAUUCAUUCGCGUGUGUGUCUUCAGAAAAGACUAGGGUAUUAUGUUCACUGUUACAGUGUGAAAACUCUGAUCUAUAGAGAAGUUGAGAUCUCUACCCCGUCAUGUCCUGGGCUUGUAUGUGUGAAGAAGACUCUACAGUCUAUUCCUUAGAUAGGAAUUAUUUACCAAAUACAUUUAUCAAACGGAUAAACUUUUGUUGACAUAACAGGUUACCUUUUUUAAAAAUUACUUGUAAAGAGGGAUCUCGUGGACAAUGACCACAACGAUCAUGACAUCUCGAAUCACCGCCUCCCUAACGGUGCCUCCAGGGGACGCACGCUCCUCCAGGGCCUACAAGAGAAACCAGGUCGUGUAUCCACAAUGGAUGCGGACUUUGGAGGAGAAGUACAAGCGGCUUCACAUGAAGAUACGGAAGUCGACGUCAUCAAUGACUUAUAUGUAUAACUCAAGUCUGGGACGGAAUAUAACGGAACAGAAGACGACGCGUGCGUCGGGUGUCAGCAGCAGAAACGAGGCUCCGAACAAAUCAUUAACUUACUCUAAUCAAAGUGCUCUAAAGCAGAACCCAUCAACCAAUCCUAGGCCCACUCCGUGUUCUUCCGCGACGAAAAUUAGGAUCGCUGCCACGGAAAUUUCGGACGGCCCUGAAAUUGCUAGGGACGUUUUUGAUAAGGAAAUGGUGAACCCGUGUUCGUGCUCUUGUGAAAAGGAUUUGGAGACCAGGUCUCUAGAUUCAAACGGCAAUUUUAAUAACUCAUGUGUUCAUGAAUGUAAUUGUAAAAGCGGGAGCGAUCCAAUAGAACCGUCUCAUACUUUAUUGGAACCAUGUGAUGACAAUAUGAACAAUGUGAAUGGAGUAUACCUUGAAAAGGUUGGAUUGAAAACCAAAUGUAAAAAGGUCAAUAUAGCACCGGUUGAGCAGGUGGAAAAUCAAACAUCGAUCGAAGUUGACGAUUGUGACGGCCUUAUCAGUGGCAAAACUAGCAGUCCUUUCAUUACUCAAAUUGGUCCUCGAAAAUUUGCUCCUCGAACCAAGACCUCUGUUAGCAGAAGAAGCACCGUCACCCAAAAGACAUCCAAAUCCUGUCCUCCGGCGAUGGAGCUUGAUGUCACAACUCCUGGCCAUGUUAACCAAAAAGCAGUUCCAACCUUGCGGGCAAAAAGUGCGUAUACUGGUAAACCAAAAACGUUUCGAUCCUCCAAAGUGUUUUCGAGAAUGUCGCAAGAGGCUCAACACGCCAUGAGUGAGACGAUGAGAGAACGCCAGGGUCUCAAUACGCCAAACAAUGACGUCAAAACUCAACAAUGGAUCGAAAAGAAUUUUUGUAACCAGGUGGACGUGAAUAAAACCAACGCUCAAGAUAACUCAUAUGUAAAGCAAAGUGGUUCAGGUGUCGAAAGACAACGCAAUAACUUGUGUUUGGAUGAGGACGUCUACGAUACGAAUUUUAAUUUGAAUGACUCACUUCCGGACGAUUCCGGCUCAGACUCCGAUAUGUCGGUCACCACUAGACGGCGCCCCAUCACUGCCGCAACCAAUAAAACGCGACUUCCGUCCAUCCCAUCGGAUUCAACAGUAGGGGAAGUUUGUACAUUGGGUCAACUCAAACACUUAAACUUAAGACUACCGGGCAUUGGGCGAUACGAAAUUGCGACGUUGAGAGAAAAAACUUUUGAAAUAACACCACCCGGAUUUGACAUUAGGUAUAAUGAUAUCGCAGUAUUCGAAGAAGGAGAACGCGAAAAUGAACUUCCGUCAGAAGAUAUUCGCGAAAGAGCGGUACAAAAGUGUCAGGAUUGGUUAGCAAGAUACAGUCCUCAAAAAGAAAUGACGUCAUGAAUUUAUCUUUUAUCAUGCAAGUGAAAAUGCGUUGUGUUAAAUUCGUCAAUCUUUUUCUGGCAUCAAAUUAGUAUAUACGCCUUCAGUACAUUAUAAUAGAUAUUUGUUUUAAACAAAACAUAUCCUCGAAGUUUUCAAUGGCUACCCUGUAUGAGUCCGCCCAAUGGUCUGUUUACAUGGUUCUGUGUGUACAGGGUAUAUAUUCCGUCCAUUAUUUAUUAACAUAGAAUAUUUAUACACUUAACACAGUAUUGAUAUGUCUGGGUUAUUUACAGCUGGUAUUUAUUUCUACAUUAUAUUUUUUUUUACCUUGAAAUGUAUAACAUUUGUUUUAAGACUUAGUUUAUUGACAACAUUUUAUCUUGGGCUUCGACUUAAAGGUCAAUAUUAAUAGGAAAAUUUGUCAUUAUGGAAUUUAAUAUAUAAAUCGCUCUAUAUGUGCUCAACAAGAUAUUUAUUUUCAUGAUCCAUUUUAUUUGAAUAUACAAUCUUUAAUAUAACAAUGGUGGUAAAUUGUUUGCAUUUAGUUUUUUUAGUUGUAUUUAUUGUCAUAUUAAUUCAUUUUUGUGAGUUUCCACUGCAAUAUUUGUAUGUUUGUAUGUCAUCAAUCAUAGCAUUACUAUGAUGCAAAUAUGUAAGUAUUAAUUUAUUUAUGUUUUGUAUUCUUUAAGUUGGAAUUUGUUAAAGUUCUCGUUAUAUAUAGCAGCUUAGUCAUACGAUGGCUAACACAGUGAAUUAAACACUUUAAACUAG